AUGUACUCUCAGAUCCCAUCAGAAACAUCCAAGUCGCUUGGAGUGCCAGAAAGACGAUGGUACUGUGACCAGAGCCAUGUACUCGCUCUGUUGGGCUGCGUGAUAUGCUUUGUGGUUUCGAUCCUUGCUAUCCAACCUACGAUCGGACCUGCGUGGAGCCUGUCUUGGAAUCUAGGGUUGACUAACCAGCUGAUCGUCAUCGGAUUGUUGCUAAGUCUGAUGAAUGAAUGUACCGGCAUUCUUGCGCCGACAUUCUUCCUCAUUCUCGAGACCCGACGAACGAGCCCGACGCUGCAGAACUACGAGGCCAUUAUCAAGAAGAGCGUGUUUCUGGAUAAAGCAGACGUACGCUGGCGUGCAUGCUUCCUCCUCCUCACCCUCCUCCCUCUGGGACUCAGUGUGGCAUACAAGAAGCUCAUUGGAGGAAGCAGCACGAUAGAGAUCCAGAGCGACUUUCCACGGUUCUACGGCCUCGUGCCGCUUCCUCUGGGCACAUUCAACGUGAUGAACAAUUCGAUCUAUUACAUGAUCAAUGCAAGCAUUCCGUACAUAGCGGCAUCUUCAAGCGCUUGUUCGAUUCCGCAGUUCCCAGCCGUGUAUGGAUUUAACACGGUCAUCCUGGACAAUACAUCUACGGCGUUGCUGGACUUACCUUCGCCAGACUUUCUCUCUUCUAUCCAGCAGAACCUGACCGAUGGUGAAUCUUGGAGCAUGUCAGCGGCAGUGGGUGGAACAGUCGCCCGAUACAAUUCAUUAACAUCGUCCUAUAAAGACAAUGAUGCCUUUUGGACCGCUGCUUUCAACCACUCCUAUAACCCCACCGGUCUGUCGACGAUCUCCCUCUACAAUGGCUAUCAGAUGGGGAUGAUUAAUGGCUUGGACAGCUUGCAUAGUGAGAACCCGGGCCCGUAUUGUCUAAUUGGCUUCUUCAAGGGAGAUGCAUACGGGCUGAACAUCUACAGCAACACAACUGAAUCCACCAGUCUCGCUUUCAGAAAGAACGCCUACAAGUUUGACAUCCAGCAAGAAAAGUGUCAGGCACAGUGGACAGUGACCCGCAGUAGCAUCCAACUGACCAGUGGCCACUGUACUGGAGAAAGGACAAAGCAAGUUGUUUUCAACAGCACCACGCCGUAUUACGCCGACACGCUGCCUCUUUUGGCGACAUGGUUGAUUCGGUACUCCCCAGCACAAUCCCAGAGCCAGUCGCCGUGGCUGCUCCCAUCAUUGACGACCUCCGUUGCAAGCAUGUUCUGGGCUCGCAUCAUCUACAUGGAUCCGACAAACAACGUGUAUCCUGAAAUGUACUAUCCCCCAACUAGCAAAACUAUCCAUUCCACACGGUUAACCCUUAAGGCGAAUUGGGGUCUGUACCUCACACUAUGCAUCCACCCGGCCAUCUGCACGGUGAUGCUGCUUUCAAUCUGCUUCUGCUACAAAACCCCCAUCGGAAAGGGAUUCGGUUUGAUCUCAGUUUUGUCGGGCGUCCGAGGAGAUAAUCUUGACCAGCUGCGGGGCGCCGGUUUGUCAGGAACUCUGACAAGGACAGUUCCGAUGAGAAUCAUUGUCCAGGAUUCAUCUCGUUCUCAUCCGAGGAUUCGAUAUUCAUUGGGAGACGGGCUUGAGGCCACGGGCGAGUUAGAUAUAAAGGAGACGUACUGUUAG